AAGCGGGCUCGGCGGCGCCCUCCCGCUCAGAGCCGCCGGCGCCCGCCAUGGUGCAGCCCGAGGAGCAGGCCCGGCUCUACCCGCCGCGGCCCGAGCUGCUGCCGGCGGCGCACGUCCCCUCGCUGCCCCACUACGAGCGCCUCUACCAGCGCUCCGUGGAGGAGCCGCAGGAGUUUUGGGGUGACAUUGCCAAAGAGUUCUACUGGAAGCGCCAGCACUCGGGGCCGUUUCUGAAGUACAACUUCGAUGUGACGAAGGGCAAGAUUUUCAUUGAGUGGAUGAAAGGGGCGACGACCAACAUCUGCUACAACCUCCUGGAUAGGAAUGUCGGUGAGAAGAAGCUCGGGGACAAAGUUGCUUUUUACUGGGAAGGGAACGAGCCUGGGGAUUCUAUGAAAAUCACCUACAGUGAGCUGCUGCACAAAGUCUGUCAGUUUGCCAAUGUCCUCCGCAACCAAGGUGUGAAGAAAGGAGACAGAAUUUCCAUCUACCUGCCGAUGAUCCUGGAGCUGGUGAUAGCCAUGCUCGCCUGUGCCAGGAUCGGGGCUCUUCACUCCGUGGUGUUUGCAGGUUUCUCAGCGAACUCUCUUUGUGAGCGGAUUCUUGACUGCGGUUGUUCUCUCCUCAUUACAGCAGAUGCCUUUUAUCGAGGAGACAAGCUGGUCAACUUGAAGCAGAUUGCAGACGAAGCCCUCCAGAAAUGUAAAGACAAGGGCUCCCCUUUGAAAAAGUGCAUUGUGGUGAAGCAUCUGGGGAGGGAAGAGAUAGUGGACGGGACGUGCAGCAAGUCUCCCCCUCUCAAAAGGCUGUGCCAGGAUGUACAGGAAAAAAAGGCUGAGAGCUCACAGAGACUCCAUCCCAAGACCCCCUGGAAUCCAGGCACGGACAUGUGGUGGCACGAGCUGAUGAGCGGUGCCAGCACGGAGUGCGAGCCUGAGUGGUGUGACUCGGAGGACAAACUCUUCAUCCUCUACACCAGCGGCUCCACGGGGAAGCCCAAGGGCGUGCUGCACACCGUGGGUGGAUACAUGCUGUACACUGCCACCUCCUUUAAAUACGUCUUCGAUUACCAGCCUGAGGAUGUGUACUGGUGCACGGCUGACAUCGGGUGGAUAACGGGCCAUUCCUACCUCACCUACGGACCCCUGGCGAACGGGGCGACGAGUGUGUUAUUUGAAGGUGUCCCCACCUACCCGGACGUCGGGCGAAUGUGGAGCAUUGUUGACAAGUACAAGGUGACCAAGUUCUACACAGCACCCACAGCCAUCCGGCUGCUGAUGAAGCAUGGGGAGGAGCCCGUUAAAAAGCACAGCAGGAAGACUCUGAAGGUGCUGGGGACCGUCGGGGAGCCCAUCAACCCUGAAGCCUGGCUGUGGUACUACCGCGUGGUGGGAGAAGAGAGGUGUCCCAUUGUGGACACGUUCUGGCAGACAGAGACGGGUGGCCACAUGCUGACAUCUCUCCCUGCUGCCACCCCCAUGAAGCCAGGCUCUGCUACGUUCCCCUUCUUCGGCGUGGUCCCUGCCAUCGUGAAUGAGUCGGGGGAAGAGCUGGAAGGAGAAGCAGAAGGCUACCUGGUAUUUAAGCAGCCCUGGCCAGGAAUAAUGCGCACGCUGUAUGGAAACCACCAGCAAUUUGAAACCACCUACUUCAAGAAGUUCCCUGGGUACUACGUGACAGGUGACGGUUGCAGGAGAGAUAAAGAUGGUUAUUACUGGAUCACAGGGCGAAUUGAUGACAUGUUGAAUGUUUCUGGCCACUUGCUGAGCACUGCGGAGGUGGAGUCAGCCUUGCUUGGGCACGCCGCUGUCUCUGAGGCUGCGGUGGUCAGCCACCCGCACCCCCUGAAAGGGGAAUGUCUCUACUGCUUCGUGACCCUGAAGGAUGGCCACGAGUUCACCAAGAACCUAGCAGAUGAGCUGAAAAAACAAGUCCGGGAAAAAAUUGGACCGAUAGCAACACCAGAUUACAUCCAGUAUGCCCCCAGCCUGCCCAAAACCCGUUCAGGAAAGAUCACCCGACGGAUAUUAAGGAAGAUUGCCAAAAAUGACAGAGAUGUGGGGGACAUCUCCACCUUAGCAAACCCGGGCAUCAUAAACCAUCUUUUCAACAGCAGAUGCGACACUAAACUGUAGGAGCAUGAGCUGUCCCAGCUGAGCAGGGCUGUAGCAGCAGCGGUAUCCUGAUGAGCAGGUCCCUCAAAUAACCACUGUCUGCCCUGGGAAAGAAACCCUCACCCCUUGAAUCGAAUGUACAAAUAUUAGAGACGAAGCAAAGGCUGGCCCUGGAGAGGCAGCAUCUCGUGGGCAUGCCCAUGCCUUGGAGGAGCACGCGUGUUGUGUUGCAGGUGGGAAUCCUCCACCUGAGGUUCAGCCUCGUUCACACAGGGACUUGUGCUCCUGUUUUUCGUCACCUUGUUCUUGAUUUAUUUUUAUUUUUGUUCUUUUUGGGAGGGGAGAUGGGGUGUUAAUUAUUAACUUUAUGUAGUUGAGGGGCCCUGGUGUCUUCCCCUUAGUGGGGAGGAACUGGGGGGUUGUAGGGGAAGUGGUACUGGAGUUAGUUAAUGCAGGCAGACAAGGGAGGUUCAUCUGUCACUGCCCACACACUGAGUAAGCUUCCUUUUCUUCUCAGACUGCUGUGAGCUGAGUGAGGAAAGACUUAAACACUUUCACAUCAUAACUACAACUGAGUUUUGGUCUUGCACCCACUGUCCAAGCUGGUUGCUAGCAGAGGUCCCCUAGCCUGAAAGGGAGUGAGGCAAGGCUUGAGGGAGCUCUGUGCUUUCGGUGGAUUUUAUAAAGCUCUCUUACACCAUCUUACACCAAGAUCUGCUGCAUCUAACGGGGUGGUGGCAGCUCGUUUAUUUUUCACAGCCCAGGCUCCUUUGCUCUGGCUGUGGAAGUAAGGAGCCAGAGGAAAGGGGCUUGAUCUGACAUGCUCCACAGACCUCUACUGCCACCAGCUGUGGGCUCAGCCUGGCAGAGCAAAGAACCCAAGGCACCACACAGGUCUGUGUUAGUCCUAGGUGAUUCCUCAUCAGGGAAAAAAAAUGUUUAAAGCCACCUCUUGCUUUAAUCUGGCAUGGCUUUAUGGUGAUGAGAGAAAACACCUCCAGAGUCUGAGCAUCACCAGGGUACUGCCACAGCCAACGUUUCCUGUUCAAAUCGCUUACACUGACCUCCAGCCCUGGGCUGCGCUGGGAGCUACUUCCUUGUACUGUCUGUAAUGAAAUCACAGGUGAGCUGUUGGAAUUUCUGCACUUAAACCAAAGGAGAAAUGGGCUUUAAAUCUUGCUGCAACACCUGUUUAGCAAAUGCCACCCUACAGCCUUUGCCUGUACCCUGAGCUGACUUUUGGCUGGGCUGGAAAGGAGGAGGUGACUCUUCUAGGGCUCAGGGUUGUUGCAGGUACUCUGAGGGCUGUUGUCCAAGCCUCAUUUCUUACCUGCUGCUCUCACCGGCAUGGUACGUGUCUGUGAUCUGUAAUGUCAGUCAUGUCCUGUGUGCCACCCACUGCUCUGUGCCACCUCACUGACAAGAAUUCCUACAUCUGCUCUCCUCCUAUGUUACUAUGGGUCUGCUAUGUAAUUUUGGCUGGAGACAGCUAGAAUUCUAUGCAAAAUGGAAUAAAAUGCAAGGAAACAAAAUGGAAGCGGGCUUA